GUAAGUGUUCCCUGCAUUCUAGAAUCUUCUGAGAGAGCUUUGGAGCUACACACACCUCAGCACUUGAUAAGAAGCAAACACUCAUCCUGUUUGUUGACACAUUGACCAGGUGGCAGGGGUUAAUAACUGUACUGAGCACAGCUGCACAGCUUGUGAGAGCAGCCUGACCUGGUCGUGCUCUGGGUCAAGCUCCAAGCACCACCCACUGCUGUGACAGGCAGCCAUAGAGUAGGACUUGCCGUCAGACCGAAACCAUCGCACAGGAUAUAGCAUGGGGUGGAGUACCGUAUUGCUGCUCUGCUGCGCUCUGCCAGCCCAGGCACUCAUAAGAAUCCCUCUGCAGCGCUUCUCCUCGGUUCGUACCGAGCUGCGCUCUGCCCAGCUUCUCGAGAGCUUCCUGAAGGACCACCAACCCGAUGUGUUUGCUCGCAAAUACUCUCAGUGCUUCCCGCCGCGCCUUCAUACCCUUGGCCUGGGCUGGACCAGUGAGAAGCUUUACAACUACAUGGAUGCCCAGUACUACGGACACAUAGGACUGGGGACCCCACAGCAGAACUUCACUGUGGUGUUUGACACCGGCUCAGCAGACCUGUGGGUCCCCUCAUCCUACUGCGUCAGUGAGGCAUGUGCCAGACACCAUAAGUUCAAGGCCUUCAAGUCGAGCAGCUACACGCAGGACGGCAAGGUCAUCUCCAUACAGUAUGGAACUGGACGCAUGCUGGGAAUCCUGGCCAGGGACAUCCUCACGGUGGGGGAUCUGUCGGUGACGGACCAGGAGUUUGGGGAGUCUGUGUACGAGCCUGGCUUCACCUUCGUCCUGGGCCAGUUUGAUGGCAUCCUGGGUCUGGGCUACCCCUCACUGGCGGAGGAGGUGGACUCACCUGUGUUUGACACCAUGAUGGCCCAGAAGAAGGUGACACAGCCCAUCUUCUCCUUCUACCUCAGCAGGAAGAAGAACACUGCAAUUCCAGAAGGGGAGUUGCUGCUGGGAGGGGUGGAUGAGGCUCUUUACACUGGAUCCCUUCACUGGGUCCCUGUUACUCAGAAAAACUACUGGCAGAUCAAAAUCGACAGUGUGAAGGUCCAGGGGACGAGCACUUUCUGUACCGUUGGCUGCCAGGCCAUAGUGGAUACUGGGACAUCCCUCAUCGGGGGCCCCACUGGUGACAUCAUGCUCCUGCAGCAGCUCAUCGGAGCCACACCCACAUCCAUGGGAGAGUUUGUGGUGGACUGCGUCCGGGUAUCCAGCCUCCCGCAGAUUACGUUCACGCUGAAUGGGGUGAAGUAUCCGCUGCCUGCAGAGUCCUAUGUCAAAAAGGAGAUCAUCAGUGGCCAGGAGAUUUGCUUCAGUGGCUUCCAAGCUACAGAAAUAACAUCUCGCCAUGAGUCUCUCUGGAUCCUGGGAGAUGUCUUCAUCUCAGAGUUUUACACCGUUUUCGACCGCGGUCAGGACCGCGUGGGCUUCGCUCCAGCUCGCCAGACAGGCGAGUGGGGGUCAUAGACCUUGUGCCACCCCAGCCAGGACGCUCCUUUGUGAUACAGGCCCUGUUUCCAUGAAGAAUGUGAGCAGGCAGGGCAUACAGCAAUGACUUCACUGCUGUCAUGGAGCUCAUGCAUAUACAAGUGGCUAAUUAAAAUGAAAAAUUAUUCAUCUUACUUUGCUUGCAUGUUAUUUCAGAAUCACCAUUAAACCAAUGUGCUGUCUUUGCCCUGCAUUUACAGAUGUGUUGUGAAAAAAUGUUU